AUGAUCAUUUGCCCGUCGUUGUUCACGUGCUAUGAUGUUAUACCUUCGCGAACGCUCUUACCAGCAUUUGGCGAUAGUAACAUUGACUCCCCCCUGGGGUUGCUUACGUCGACUAAUUUCAAGCCGCUUAACGUGACCUCGGGUGGUUUGCACUGUGUCGACUGA